AUGUCUGACUCGCCAGAAGUUUCCAAACCUGUUCCACAGGAGCGCGCCAGUAGCUCGCCCAUCCCUGCUUCGUCGGGCCUUGAGACGGAAGCCAAGCAUGACAUCGACAGCCAGAAAGACCAGGCGGAAAAGAAUGACCCCCAACCCACCGAAGAACUGGAGAUCCCCGCAUCCAAGUCGCAACCCGAUGAACCAGAGCAAGAUGAAGUGACAUCUGCACCACCACUCCCCGACGAAGUCCCACCUCCACUUCCCGCCGAGGCUCCGCCUGCGAAGGCCGAGGACGAUGGAUGGGAACCUGCAUGGGACGCCACUGCAGGGGCAUAUUACUUUUACAACCGCUUCACUAGAGUCUCCCAGUGGGAAAACCCUCGCGUGCCACAGGUCCCAGGAGUCCCGGAAAUUUCAGCAGCACCCGGCACAGAAGACGCAGCCCCCAAAAAAGAGCCAAUACUUGGUGGCUACAAUCCCGCCAUCCACGGCAAUUACGACCCCACCGCAUCGUACGCGCAGUACCACGAAGAGCCAGCACAGCCCACGAACGCAGCCGGAUUCGAACCCUCCGCAGCAUAUGCAGCUACCGGCACAUUUAACCGCUUCACUGGACGAUGGCAAGCUGCAACAAUCAAUCCGGAGAAUCAUAAUGAUGAGAACAAGUCUCGCAGACAGAUGAACGCUUUCUUCGACGUUGAUGCCGCGGCAAAUAGCCAUGACGGCCGGAGUUUGCGCGCCGAGCGCAGUGCAAGGAAGCUAACAAAGCAAGAGUUGAAGCAGUUCAAGGAGAAGCGUCGUGAAAAGAAGGAGGAGAAGAGGCGGGCUUGGCUCAGGGAUUAA